AUGGCGGGCAGUACAGGCUUGCUAAAAGGUCCAACGAUGGACUGGUCUUCWAACGAAGGGCUUUACAGCCGAUAUAAACUAUGGAAACAGCAGUGUGAACUACUUUUCACCGGUCCCUUGGUCAAAGUUGAAGAAAAAAUACAAUGUAAAUACCUCAUGUACUGGGCUGGUGAGCGUGGACUCGAGCUCUUCAACAGUUGGGGUCUAUCGGCGGACGCUGAAAAAUCUCUUAAAUCGUACUGGACCAACUUCGAAAACGCUCUUAAACCACAGUCAAACGAGCUUAUGUCGGCGUGGGAGUUGCACGAACUUAAACAAGGAACUAUGUCAAUAGAGGAAUUCAUAACCAAAAUAAGGAACCACAUCAAGGAAGCAAACUACCCAGCAGACCUACACGAGAGGUUUCUACGUGAUCACUUCGUCUUUGGAAUAAACUCAAGUCGUGUCAGGAAAGAAUGCCUGAAAGAGGGGAACAGCCUCACGUUUAACCGUGCGAAGGACUUAGCAAAAUCGGAAGAGUCUGCCGAGAGACAACUGAAGAUUAUGGGUCAAGGUGAGGUACACACAAUACGCAAACACGGAAAGCAAGGUAAGCCCGUUGUAUCUCAAUAUAAAGCAGAAAAGUCUACUCAGCCAACAUUUCAUAGACAAUCUUCUGACAAAGAAACUGUGCACAGUACAUGUCUGGGUUGUGGCAAAAAUACACACCCACGUAGUAAAUGUCCUGCAAAGGAUGUUACUUGCCAUUAUUGCCAUAGAAAAGGCCACUAUGCCAAGGUGUGCAUGAAGAAAAACAAGAAAGUCAAUGAAUUAGCAGCUGAGUUACCUGAUAAUAUUGAUGAUGUUUUGUUCUUGGGUCCUGUAACAACCACACCCACCAACUAUGAUAACAUUAACAUGAUAGCCUCUAAAGAGAAAGCACUACUCGAAGUGAAAAUUUCAGCCAGUGAGAAGGGGGUACAAAACCAAGUUGUAUGCAAAAUAGACUCUGGGGCGGAAACUAAUAUUCUUCCCAGGUCCCUAUACGACAAACUACAACCACAUCCUAGCCUUAGGAAGUCCACAGUGAAACUAUCUGCAUAUGGGGGGACCAAUAUCCCUACAGUGGGUUCAUGUGACGUCUAUGUACAAGCCCCUGCUAGCCCAAAACCCCAUCGGAUCAAAGUACAAGUAACUGAUGCAGAUGGACCCGCAAUCAUAGGAAACAUAACAGCUCAAAAGCUAGGCCUGUUAAAAUUGAACUGGUCAGUGAAAUCUGACUCAAGCGAGUGUACACCAAACACACAGAGAAAACAACACCCAUACCCCAUUACUAAAGAAUAUCUACUAAAGGAAUAUACAGAUGUUUUCACAGGUAUUGGAUGCUUUCCUGGUCCAGAGUAUCACAUUGAACUCGACCCUGAUUAUUAA